AUGGUUAGCAAGCUGUCCGCCACUUGUAACCAGAGCGUGUCCUCUGUCAUAAGCUCCGUUGACCGGAUGCUACACAAUGGCCUUUUGGACACCGCAUGCAACAAGCUUUUCGAUUUUCAUUGUCACAAAGCGGGAAAACCUACCCUACGUCUGGACUCUUCCGCCCGAUCCUAUAUUGUGGAUUACACGGCCAGCAUCGUGAAAAACCUAUGCGAUCCCUCUGUCCCACUAUCGAUUAGCGAUGUGAAUGAUCGCAUUCACUAUAGCUUCCCUCCAAAGCUUAUCCCUCCAGAUCAUGUGAUUGAUGAGAUCAAAACCUUGAUCGAUCGCGGUAAAAAGAAAACUCUCUACCUUCCGGCUGACAAAGUGCUAUCCUCCUUCCGAGCCAUUUGUUUCCGGAUCGAGCCAUCUGUAUCACUGUUUAUCACGCACUUGAUUGAGUACGCGUUGGGACAGAUUAUACAAUGGGCGGUGAAUUAUGAAUCUAAACUUGACUCCGGUCUCAUCGAGGAUACCGACAUUCAGCACAUUUCUAGUCUCUUCGGUACACACAACUUCUCGAAAACUUCAAUCAGUCAAUCUCUUCCGUUCCUGCAACGCCAUUCCGGUGACUACGCUGGACACGCCAAAGAACUUCAGUUCUUUCUCCGCUCGUGUGUGGAACACCUGGCCAUAAUUGUCCGCGUUUUCACCGACCCCAUUGGCGAAGAGCUGACUCAGCUCGCGUUGGCCACCCAAUCGGCUUUCAUCAAUAUAAGUGGUGGCUGCGAAUUGACCCUAGCUGCGGACCAGUUGUCUUUGGCUGUUCAUUCUGCACAACGUGUGUUUAGUUGUGCAUCCGAACUGUACAAUAACAUGACUUUACUUAGUGAAUGUGUGGAGGACGUGUUCGAAGGUCACAGCCGUCUUCUGGGCACCAGCCUGAUUGAACCCGCCGAAGACGAGACGUUUCACAGCUUUGCAUACUACUCGGAGGAGUUAUUCAGCAGUGAUUGUCGCAACUGGACAUACCUUCUGUCUGAAGUGCCUUGUUUGAUAAAGGCUCUUAACAACCUUUUCCAAUCCAUUUUAUGCACUGUCAUCGAAAAAGCUUCCAGUCGGCGCCUAGUUGACCUUGAAGUUCGCUACUCCGAUCCCCAUACAUGCACUUUAUGCACUUCUAGCACCGGUUCUGACCCUGGUGCUGUUCCGUACUCUACUGGAACAUCUUCCAGUGCCUCCUGUUCUAAUUCUCAUCUGAACAACAGCCCACAGCCGUUGCAUUCUUUGGGCUCGUUCCUACUUCAUUCUCAUGAAAAUGGGAGUUGUUCAUAUGGUCCAAAAACCUCUUACGUUUCGGAUCCUCCUGGCUCCAUUCCCGUGCCUACGGCCUCGUCGGGUCGAUACGACAACCGACACGCCCCAUCCUCUUCGUGCCAUUCUCACACACAUAGACACUCGCAGGAUCACCAACACAGGUGUGGGCAUUUCGCCAGUUCGGUUUCCACUACCAUGCCUUUGAGAAAGCAUAAAAAGACGAGAAUAAGUCGCCGUUCUGUGAGUGGCUCGCCGUCACCAGCUCCGCUGUCGUUCAUUCCCGGGUCUAGCGCAACUGACCCUUCCACAAAACCGGUUGUCUUCACAGAUAUCAGUGGGAGUGAGCCCGGUAUGUCCACUUCUUCGUCCUCCUCAUCCGCUCUCAAUGAUGGAAUGACGACGAGAAGCAGUCAGGAUAGUGGAUCUCACUCGUUUGAACACCACCACCACCACUUGGGGUUCACCGGGUCCGAUGAGCAGUCUCCGAGUGACAGUUCCGUGCAGGAGAUUCACGCACGCCUAAUGGAGGUCUUCCCAUCCCGAUCCAGCUCGGCUACUGGCUCCGCUUCUUGUAGCCACAUGGUGAUUGCGUUCCGUUAUCUGCUACCUCAGCUUCUUCAACUACCUCCCCUACAAUUACUACAUUUGCAUGAAAUAAUUGAGACACUUUACCAACACGCGGUGGAAGAAAGCGAACGGUCUUUGUUGAAGGACGUACUUUCGAUGCUAUCCAAAACCCGUCUUUCCAUUCAAAACAGCAUGUCCACUCAGGAUUGGAUCAAGACCACUGCCCCUCGUCUGGUCAAUUUCCUCAAAACCCCAUUGACUGGGUGCGUUCUCUCACCGGAGGCCCGUGGCAAUUUGGAAGAGCUUGUGCAAUCCGUGCGUCGCAUCCAGCACUCUUCCGAACGGUCUAUCUCCGUGUCCGAGUACAUUCUUGAUGGUUUCGUUCAAAUCCGGAGCGAAGGAAGCCGUUUUAAACGUUCUGAUCGAAUUGCUUAUCUGUUCAACAAUUGGCUACUGUUGUGCAAAAAGCAACGCCGCGUGCUUGGCACCGUGGUCGGCUCUGUUGGAUCAAGCGCACAUUCCGGCCUAAAGGUGAAAAAACGCAUUCCGUUGGAGCAAUUCCAUCUGAUCGAUUCAGGCACUGAAAUCUCCGAUAACAACGAUGUAUUUUUUACCUUCGAGUUGGAGUAUUGGGAAUUCCCGCGACGUGGUUCUCUUGCUCCCGACUUACUCUCCAAGUCCAUCGUUUCAAUUGGCUCCGAUCAGCUUCCCCCUCCGGCCAAUGCCCGCAACGUUCCCCCAGCAUCUAUUGCAUUAUCCACGUUACCUACAUCCAUCACCACCACCAACACGAGCUGCUCGCAGCUCGGCAGUGUGCUCUCCAUAUCCACCCUAACCAGCACGAAUACCUUAGUGGACGGGUCCUCUGUGAGCACCGGAGUUGCUACCACCACCGCCACCACAGAUUCGGCCGAUUCGGCCGCUGUAUCCACCUUCGCUCCGUUGGUACCCACCGCAGGAGCUGCUGUGGCCGCCGCAAGCGCUGCCGUGUUAGGCGCAUUGUCCUCCGCACGCACACAACGUGUGAUCUUCGUCUUCUCCUCUCAGACUGACAAAUCGGAUUGGUUGGCUGCUCUGGUCUACCUACAGCUUGGUCGACUGUUCAAGCGUUAUAUCCGCGAUCUACCACGUCAGGACAUCCCCUUGGUUCUCCCUCCGCCGGAAGUGUAUCGAUUCUCCGCGCCGGAUUCGAUCACAACCAUCAUAUUUGAAUCGGAUCAGCAAGAUAGUAGUGCAGAGAUUCCGGUGAUCAGAGCGGCCACAAUGCUUAAACUAAUCGAACGUAUGACAUACCAUGCGUACUUCGACCGAAACACUAUCAAUGUCUUUCUUUUGACAUAUCGCCGAUACAUUAGUCCACAAGAGUUGUUGGAAUUGCUCAUCGAACGGUUCAAUGUCCCUGAACCGGACUUUGCUGAGGCCGCGGAACAAGCCCAAAUGUUGUGCGACAAAGAGAAUGCUAUCACAGUCGCCAUUCGCUUGGAGAAGCGUUUCCGCUCCAUCUACAAACGGCGUGUGCAAUACAGAGUGCUUAAUUUCCUCAUCAAAUGGGUGAAGAAUCCGUCCUAUUACAAGCUGGACAUUUCCACCAAUGAAGCGGUUCGCAAUCGAUUGUGGGAGUUUUUGGACACAGUGGACGCCCGAAAUCUACAGGACAAUGUGGCCAACAUCCGUAAAUCGCUUCGUGGGGAUCGCACUCGUCUCAUACAAAUCAUACAACAACUGCCACCUGAUCCUUUAGAUUUGGGUCUGGUCACACGUGCGGAAGAGGUUAAAUUGACCAACGUUCAUCCGUUGGAGUUGGCGCGGCAGAUCACACUUCACGAAUGGGAGCUGUACUCACGAAUUGAAUUUUGGGAGGUCAAUGGAAAGGAGAAAACAAAAGCUCCAAAUCUACAGGCCUCGCUGGAUUUCUCUAACAAGAUCAAAUGGUGGCUCGUGUAUUCCAUCAUGUCCGCUGAACACCUGGAAGAUCGUUUGAUUGUGAUGCAGCGUGUUGCUGAUUUGGCCACUUUGUUCGAGGUCCUGAACAACUUGGAGGGCUUUCAGGAAGCGAGGGCGGCCCUACUCAGUUCCCCUGUGUUCCGACUUCAUAGCACUUACGAAGCUUUGCUCACCAAAUCCAGACCACAUCAUCGUGCUUUCUUCGAAAACCUACGUCGUUCCGCUGAGACAGAGGACGGAGAUGCUUAUGUGACCGACUAUGAGAAGAAGCUACACGAGUUAAAUCCACCUGGUCUGCCUUUUAUCGCUGUGGGCGACAAAACCCACUUGAUUCACUUGGAAUUGAAACACCCAGACUGGAUCACCGUCCCGAACACACAGGGCGCUUCUCUUGGUUCAGAAGAUGCCGGCUCACGGUCACUAAUCAACUUUUGGAAGUGUCACCAGCUGGCUGACUUGGUGGAGUACUAUCUGUCUUUCCAACAGACCCCUUACAACUUCACAGUGAACGAACACAUACGUAAUUUUCUCCUUACCUUUGAUCCCUUGCGCAUGGCCGGAGUAUCCGAUGAACACAGCUUCGAUGAUUUGAUGCAUGAGAAAUCGCUGCAAUUUCAACCCCGGCACCCUGCUGAGCCACUGUUGGUCACCGAACGUCAGUUGAGUGUCGUGGAGCAACGUAUUGCAUCCAUGCUGAGUGCGAACCCGCCAGAUCACCGACUCACUGCAGAUUCCAAGGAGUUCCGUUCUCUACUCCAUGUUGCUUCGCUCGCCUCGACUUCAUCCACUGCCGCAUCCACAAAUGCUCUAUCAUCCUCAAUAUCAUCCGGAGCUUCAGCCGACAGCUUCUCGAUGAAGAGCAUUGCCGGACGGUCACCACCAGUCGAUGCGUUUUCCACCCUCAUUACCAGCACAGAGAGUUUGGGUCGCGGUCGCACCCGCCAAUGCGAUGGGAGGGUGUUGCAGAUGCAGCCCACUUCAAUAAGUGAUCGUUUGCAGUUGAGUAUGGGUCAUCUCCAUUCCCAGUGUUGUCGCCCGCGUCACCCUAUCGACCCCUCCCGUGGGGUUCGAUCCGCCUCGUCCUCCCCAGCUCCGGCGAAUCCCACCGGUCUUGCCAAUUUGACGGUCAACUUUCCAACUAACGUUCAUUUGACUCACAGCGCAUAUGCGUCGUCCCCGCCUCCUCCGCUUCCCCCACGCACCAUUCGAUUCAAGGCGACGGAUCAACAUUUGGAGCAUUUUGUCAACCAGGGAUUAGUUUCAAGCGCUUCGCCUUCUGUGACUAACACUGAGUGUACUCGGUCGUACGCAGAUGUUCCCAGUGCUAACCCGCUACCUGACAGUACAAGAUAUCCCUCACGUCUGUGCUCUGCCAUUGGCGAUUCAACCGUGUUGCCUCCAGCGCCACCUCCUAGACCACUGCAACGAAAAUGUGGUUCCCCUUUCCCAGCGGACAGCAUCGUGUGUGAAACCGAUUCGAAGAAGAACGAGAACACAUCCAAAAGAACUGGCUCUUUCGCUGCGUCCUCCCUCAUGCCAGACUCUUCCACCGUCCCAUCCGCGCGUCCCGCACCCAGUCACUGUCCUCAGCAGCAGCAACAGCCGCCUCCGCAGCAUCCCGGUUUCUCUCUCGACUCCCCACCCGUGUUACCUCCACGUGUGCAUUGUCGUGGGCAUUCAUCAUUCAGCUCGUCCCAUUCACUUGCAUCGUCUACGAGCAACACUGUAGACACGUCUGGCCGUGUGGGCGUUAGUGACGUUCCUCCGGACCACCUUCCACCACCGUUGCCGCCCAAGCGACAAGCCGCCAAAAGUGGAGUUUCUCAGCCUUGA